CCCCGGAAGCGCUCCCGCCGCCGCCUGCGGGAACAUGGCCGAGUCGCCGGAGGAGGUGGCGGUGCUGGUGCAGCGGGUCGUGAAGGACAUUCACAACGCCUUCCAGCGGAACCCACACAUAGAUGAAAUUGGAUUAAUACCCUGCCCUGAAGCCAGAUAUAACCGGAGCCCUAUUGUCCUGGUAGAAAACAAGCUUGGUGUGGAGAGCUGGUGUGUGAAGUUUCUUUUGCCGUAUGUCCACAAUAAACUUCUCCUCUACAGACAAAGAAAACAGUGGCUGAACAAAGAUGAGCUGAUAGAUAUCACAUGUACCCUGCUACUGCUGAACCCCGACUUCACCACUGCUUGGAACGUGAGGAAAGAAUUAAUACUGUCUGGCACUUUAAAUCCACUUAAAGAUUUGCAUCUUGGAAAACUGGCGUUAACCAAGUUUCCAAAGAGUCCAGAAACAUGGAUUCAUAGACGAUGGGUGCUGCAACAACUAAUUCAGGAAAACUCCUUGCCCAAUCUUGCGUCUAAAGGAAACUUGGGAGCAGCACCCGUGGAGAGAAUUCACCGACUAGUGCAGGAGGAAAUGAAUGUCUGCUCCGAAGCUGCUGGGAGGUAUCCAAGCAACUACAAUGCCUGGUCCCAUCGCAUCUGGGUUUUACAGCAUUUGGCAAAGCUCACUGUCAAGGUUCUCCUCGAUGAACUUUCAUCCACUAAAUAUUGGGUAUCCAUGCAUGUCUCGGACCACAGUGGAUUUCAUUACCGCCAGUUCUUACUCAAUUCCUUGAUACGCAGAACAGUGACUGACAAUAACAUACUGGUACAAAAUCAAAUGGUAAAUGAACAAAACCCUAGCCUUCAGAAGGGGGAAGAGAGUGCAGGGACAGAAGCUGCCUGUGCAGAGGAGCAAAGUGUGGAUCUCCCCUGCCGUUUAGAUGAAGAGAUGGAGCUCUGCACUGAACUGAUUGAUAAUUACCCAGGGCAUGAAACAUUGUGGUGUCAUAGAAGGUGUGUAUUCUACCUUCAACAGCACUUAAGCAACAAACUUCCUCUCCUGAGUGCAGUGGUAUCAUCUGUGGACAGCGGUGAUGAAACUCUGAAUAAUUCCCACCACGGUCCUGCAACAAGUCACAUGGCACAAGCUAUGGAUGUUGAUGGUUUGAAUGAAUCCAGUAGCAAACAAGGUUAUACCCAAGAAACAAAACGCCUGAAGCGUGCUCCUGUGCAGGACUCUCUUGGUCCAGAAAUGGAAUACCGGUUUGUUGAUAAAGUAUUAUCAACUUGUAGGGAUGUGGACCAAGUCAGGUUUGCUACUGCUUAUAGAAAAUGGUUGGUUACUUUUUUAGGUCAGUGAAGGAAGCGUUUAAAGCUUUCAGGGUUCUUCUCUUAGUGCAAUAUUCUCUUUUCAAAUGCAUGUCUUGGUUGCAAGUGUUAGCUAACUCUGUGUUUCUCUCUCUUUUGAUGGUGUAGUGGUUUGGUCCAAAAUACUCAUUACUGUUUAUCUGCUGUGAGAUAAGAAU